CUAAAAUUGGGAACAGAGAAAGUUGUGACGUCUAAAUUGAAUCUUCUCUAAUACGUAUUCUUUACAUUAAAAUCAGACAAUUUUCGAUGUCCGGCUGCAUGAGAGCGACUAAAUAAUAAACAACUUUAACAAAAGACAAACUGCAAAGCAACUAUGUUAUUGGUAGCUAUCUAGUGCAUGCUCUCAAAAACACAAAAUCAUCCAUCCAUGGCUUCCAACAUGGAAGUACUAGUCUUCUUCCUCCUAACCCUUUUAAUCCUCUUCCUCAAUUCUUCAACUUCUUAUGCACAAGACCCUAAUUUUCUCCAUCAAGUUUGUUCAAAAAGCAGCUUCACAUCAAACAGCACCUACCAAACAAACCUCAAAACUCUCUUAUCUUCCUUAUCUUCCACAGCAACCAAUCAAAACACCCUAUUCUUCAACAACACCAUAGCCGGAAAAAAUAAUUCAGAAACAGUUUAUGGACUAUUCAUGUGCAGAGGUGACAUCCCUUCAAACCUAUGCGCAUCAUGCGUUGGAAACGCAACACAAAGACUUUCCACAAACAAAGAAUGCUCUGUUUCAGUUACAGCAGUUAUGUGGUACAAUGAAUGCAUGGUUAGGUAUUCCGACAACUCAUUCUUUUCGACAGUGGCGGAAGGACCUGGCUAUGUUCUCGCAAGUCCCACCAAUAUGACAAACCAAGAAAGUUUCAAUCGAUUGUUGUAUGAUACGUUGAACAAAACUGCAGAUGAAGCUGCUGCUAAUUCUUUGAAGAAAUUUGCUACAAGGGAAGGGAAAAUAUCUAUAUUUCAGAACCUUUAUUGUUUAGCUCAGUGUACACCUGAUAUUGAUGAAAGAGAGUGCAGAAGUUGUCUUUAUAGUUUGAUAAAUUCUGAUCUUCCAAGGUGUUGUGCAGGAACGCAAGGUGGAAGAGUUUUAUAUCCUAAUUGUGUUAUCAGGUUUGAAAUUUACCCUUUUUAUCGUUCUCUUACUGCCCCAACGCCAGCUCCUGCAGGACUAGUUCCAUCACCAAAUUCGGCAGGAAGUAAAAACGGAAGAUCACGAACAGCUAUCGUUGUUGUUAUAUCCACGGUGGUUUCAAUAAUAGUCUUUGCUAUUUGCUUCCAUUAUAUGAGGAGAAAAGCAAGAAAAAGCAAUUCGAAUAUUCUCCUCCAAGAAAACUUUGGUCGUGAGAUUACCACUUUAGAGGGGUUGCAAUUCGAUUUAGCUACUAUUGCUACAGCAACAAACAAUUUCUCACCCGAGAACAAGAUUGGAAAAGGUGGAUUUGGAGAAGUUUACAAGGGCACUCUUGGUGAUGGGCGAGAUAUAGCUGUGAAGAGGCUUUCAACAAGUUCCACACAAGGUUCAAUUGAGUUCAAGAAUGAGAUUUUAUUGAUAGCCAAGCUACAACAUAGAAACCUUGUGGCCUUGAUAGGUUUUUGUCUAGAAGAGCAAGAGAAGAUUCUCAUUUACGAAUAUGUCCCGAACGGAAGUCUUGAUUAUUUUCUAUUCGGGGGUCAACAACAAAAGUUAAGCUGGUCUGAGCGCUACAAAAUUAUAGAAGGAACUGCUUUAGGAGUUCUAUAUUUACAUGAGUAUUCUCGAUUUAAAGUUAUACACCGUGAUCUCAAACCUAGUAAUAUUUUAUUAGAUGAACAUAUGAACCCUAAAAUCUCAGAUUUUGGUAUGGCUAGAAUUGUUAACAUUGACCAAGAUCGUGGUAACACUAGCAGAAUUGUGGGAACAUAUGGUUAUAUGUCUCCGGAAUAUGCAAUGCUCGGAAAAUUCUCUGAAAAAUCAGAUGUAUUUAGUUUUGGAGUAAUGGUUAUAGAGAUAAUCACCGGAAAAAAGAAUGCAAACUCUUACGAAUCAAAUGCUAAAGGCCUUUUGAGCUAUGUUUGGAGACAAUGGAAUGAUGAAACAUUGUUGACUGCAGUUGACCCAAGUAUUAAAGAAAAAUAUUCUCAAAUUGAAGUUAUAAAAUGCAUUCAAAUUGGGUUAUUAUGUGUUCAAGAAAAUCCAAAUGCUAGACCUACAAUGGCAACAGUUGUUUCAUAUCUUACUAGGCACUCAAUUGAACUGCCAUUUCCACAAGAACCAUCAUUUGUGUUGCAUGGUGGUGGAAUGGAUAAAAAUAUUGUUAGGCAUCAGCAGGAGUCAAGCUCAGGUCUAUCUGCUAGUAGUUCUAAUCCAUUUUCAGUUAAUGACAUGUCAAUCAGUACAUUUUACCCUCGUUAAUUUUCUGUUUGAUAUAAAAUUAUGCACAUGUUUUUAAUUUAUAAUGUAUAAUAAAGAUUGUUA